AUGUCUACCUCCAACUCCAACAGUCUGUUUCAUGCAAGAUACACGUCGAGUCCUGAAGAUCCCAUGUCUCAGGAAUCCUCUCGUGCCUUUGAUAUAGAUUCGGAGAGGUCUCUCAUCGGUAUUCCCCCAGCAGAUCCUGACGAGCACGACAGAGGUCUUAUCUUCUCCUACGACCCAUGGACCGGACAGCCUUCUCAGACUUCAGCCAGCGAGGGAUCCGAGGUCGAGUACGCAGUCCCAGAAGACUCGUUCGAGGCAUCGACUUCAGAUUAUAGUACGAGCUUGCCGCAGGUUAUGACGCCGCAGUCGAACCUGGAUGUUCCGAGGAUGGAUGACCCACAAUCAAGGCUCAACGGAUCCAGCCUUUCUUCAGCCAGUAGACUUGAUGUCCCAUACACACCUUCGGCGUCUCGACCUGCAUCUGUCGGUAGUCACGGAGUCCAAUCUUCUUCAAUCCUGCUUCAGGCGCACUCUCGAUCUUGGACGUCAGAUGGUCGAACGCCACCACCCUUGUCUCCCGCUGCUGAAAUUACGAGCUCUGAUCUCAUCGAUCCUUUGGUGGGAAUCAACGAUCCUCGAAACACAAUUAUCCUCAAUCAAGAUGACAUCGACUUCCUUCAACCUCUAAUGGCCCAGGAAGGGCAUGGUCAGCCACAUAACUCGGAUGACGGUGUGAGUGCUUUGCACGACCGUGGUCAAAAUCGCAGACACGAUUCUCCAUAUUCGAGGAAGCUGGCCGAAAAGAGGAAGACGAAGAAGAAGGAGUCACGCAACUCAAAGUUUGAUCCCUCAGCUCUUGUCAUAAGACCUAGGAAUGAUCCGAGAAGCCAAAUUGUGAAGAAGGAGCGGCGAGCUCUUACUGAAAAUGAACGGGAGAGGGCCCGCCUCCUCAGGGAGAUAGGAGUUUGCCUACGCUGCCUGUGGAAUCACGAACCCUGUGGACUAGGUGAUGUCUGUCCUAGAUGUAGUGCUCUGACAAUGCCCAGGAUCUGGAUGAUGCCAUGUGUCAGAAUGCGUCUGAGUGAGGCGCUACUCCAUAGAACAGGGGCUUUGAGCUUCCCCAAAGGGCUUCCUGGCAUCGAUGCCUGGACUUCUCGAAUCAAUGUGCCCGUGUCACUGUACAACAUUGGUAGUGCGGAUAAAUCUUCCAGGCCAGACACGCGGCCCCGAUUGCAAAUCGUCUGUCGCGAACACGCUCCAAUACUAGGAGUUCGCACCAGCAAGAGCUGGACCAAAGGGAUCAACAAGAUUGACAUCCAUCUACCAACCUAUGCUAUGACAGACUUCCAGCUCAGAGGGGCAGCUAAGAAGAUGGAUGAGCUGAUAGACAGACACUAUGAAACUCUUGUAGCCGAGCUCAAGAUCUAUCAAGACGAGAUCGUCGUUAGCACUUUGUCAGAAGCAAUACGACAAGCAGACAAAUGCCCGACGCUUAAGAAUGCUCUCAAGAUAUCCGUCAUGUCUCGCCUUGCUUCGAAAAGCUUCAACAUAUAUGGCCCCAACACGCUGGGAAUACAGCGGGAGCAGGACCCUGACUGCCCCUACUACGACCGCAUCCCAAUUCCACCACUUUUAGACGCUCAAAUUGACUCCUUGUGGAUGGCUAGAAUGGCUGACAUUAGGAGAAAGGUCUUGACGAAGCUGAGAGCGAUGAUUGCACGGCGAGGUCGGGAGGACUGGCUCAACAUCUUCUUGACCAUACUGGUUCUUCUUUUCAACCUUGAGUUCAUCUAUCACAACCAACUCGAGCAGACCAAGCAUUAUCAAGAGAGAACCCACCGUCAACAAAGCAUGCUAGAGUCUUGGGAGUAUUCCGCUAAAAAUUUGAUGGCGCACUUCCACACUAUAUGCCAUGGGAAUUUACCUCUCAAGGUGGACUGGAAUGAAGAGGUUCGGAAUGCGGCAAUGGUGGACGACAAAAGUCUAGCCUUCCUGAACCAACUGAAGGGUCUGGUGCGGUCACGGGUCGAGGAGCUCAACACACUAGCCAAAGGUGCCCCAGGCGAACCGUUGGUCUGGAUAUCGGCGCUAUUUCUGCCCCCCGAGGGGGGUUAG